AUGAGGUUCAACUCGAGCGUGAUGGACAUCCUUGUCUCGGAGCUCGACAAUCAGGAGUACAGCGACUUCUUCGCCUAUCUGUUCGACUUCGGCGUGGCCUAUUCGAUAUACUCCCUGGCCGUGACUCUGCUACUCAUGAACGGUUCCAGGGUUAGGGCCGAGUGGUACUCGAGCCUCAAGUCGAGGUUCAUCGCCGACAUUUCUCACGAGAUCCGGACGCCCAUGAACGGAAUCCUGGGGAUAUCGGAGCUCCUGACGGAGAAGAACCUUGACCCCACGUCCAAGUACUACGUGAAGACCAUAUCAUCGUGUGGGGCGACUCUCAUGGCGCUUAUCAACGAUAUCCUCGACAUGUCCAAGAUAGAGACCGGGCUCCUGGACAUCAAGGAGGACACCAUCAGGGUUCAGGAUGUUGUCAAGAGCACCGUGAAAAACGCGUUGAAGCAAGAGUCCAACAAGAUCAAGCUGGAGAUUGUCCUGGACUUCGUGGACAGGGUACCGGAGAAGAUCGUUGGGGACGGGUUCAGGAUACAGCAGGUGCUCACCAACCUGCUGACCAACUCCCUGAAGUUUCUUGACGCCUGCUCCAUCAAAAUAAUUGUCUCUUGCGUCAAGAAGGAGGACGCCAAGCUUAGAGCCAGGUCCAGAGUCGAGUCCGGAGCUGAGUCCAGAGCCAAGCGCUACAUCCACGUGAGUGUCCAGGACACCGGAGGGACGGGGCGCGGGCUGAGCAUCUGCAGGCAGCUGUGCGGGCUCAUGGGGGGAGAGAUCGUGUGCCCUAGCACCCUAGGGGUGGGGACCACCGUCACCUUCACAGUGGAGGCGAAAACCCCGCCCGAACCCGGCGGGACCGUGCCACCGCUCAGGAAGGUUUACUCGGACGCCACCGAAAGCUCCUCCCCGUCCAUCGCGUGCGCCCUGGAUCCCAUUACAACCUUGGAGCCCCUAGACAGCUCGAACCACCCGAAGAUCCUCGUGGUCGACGAUGUGCUUGUGAACAGAAAGGUGCUGUCGAGGAUCCUCAAGAGCGUCGGUGUAGACGCCGACACGUGUGACAACGGCCUCCAUGCGGUCCAGAUGUGCGAAGCCGGCAGGUACUCGCUCGUUCUCAUGGACAUGGUCAUGCCCGUGAUAAACGGGGUGGACGCGUGUGCAAAGAUCAGGUCCGGCACUCGCAACAAGGAGACUCCCGUGGUCUUCGUCUCGGCAAACGUGCAGUCCGACGUAAUGUCGAGGUGCUCCGAGGUGGGGGGCAGCGGGUUCGUCACGAAGCCCAGGGCCGAGAUCGUGGAGAUGUUUGCCAGGCACUGUUCCCGCGAAGAGAAGGAACACGCGAGGAGGUACCUCAACGACGCCGGUGCACAUCCGGCAAUAGCGAAGUGA